AUGUCUAAUCAGAAAGAGCAACCAGUGCAUCAAAACGUCCAAGAUGAAAAAGAAAAUAUCCCAGAAAGACUCCCAUGUAUGGAGCAACAGUUGGAGAGCGAACUUAUAAGACUGCUUCAAAAAAGCUCUGAACUUGCUCAAAUUGUCAUCUCCCAGUACCAAGAAAUGCAGGUAAAGGUACGAAAUUUAAUGAACGACUUAGAAGAAAUUGGGAUAACUGAAAUUUUUAGGGCUUAA